AUGACUUCAAUGAAGAAUGAGAAUGAGAGCAGUGUUCCAUAUUCUUCUUCUCCUUUGUCUGCCCAAAACCAAAGACCCAUGGAAAUUGCACCCAUGACAGCAGCCAACAACAACGCAAUCAGCACUGCCAUGUCCAGCAGACGCAGAAAGGACCGCCACAUCAAGGUGGAAGGCCGAGACCGCCGUGUCCGCAUGUCCAUCGCAUGCGCCGCCUUUGUCUUCCAACUCACUCGCGAGCUCAACAACAAGAGCGACGGCGAGACUAUUGAGUGGCUCCUCCGCCAAGCAGAGCCCUCCAUUAUCGCCGCCACCGGCCACGGUGUUCCACCCAUCAUCGGUAACCCCCCAGCCCCAGCGGCACCAGGAGAUAACCCCAUUCCCGCUUCUCAUUCAGUUCCGGUAUCUGCUUCUGCUUCUACUGCAGUUGCACCACCACCACCACCAGCACCACCAAGCGAGGAAAACGAGUUUGUCGACGAGGGUGCAAUAGAUGAGCCAUGUUUUUCAACCUUGGAUGAUUUUGAUUUGCUUGGCAACCCUAUCGACUGGGAUUUCAAUUUGAUGUAA